AUGAGCGCAGACCCAUAUAAACGCUCGGAGCUCGGCGCUCGGACCGUCCGCAGUCCGCCGGGUGAGCACGCAGCCAUGGCGCACGCUUUCCCCGAGAUAGUGGAGCUAAACGUCGGCGGGCAGGUGUACGUAACCCGGUACGAGACUCUGACGGCGGCUCCGAAUUCCCUCUUGUGGCUGAAGUUCUCUCAGAGCUCCCCGGACGAGCUGGCGAAGGACAGCAAGGGCCGCUUCUUCUUCGACCGGGACGGCUUCCUGUUCCGCUACAUUCUGGACUACCUGCGGGACUCGGAGCUCUUACUGCCGGACUCUUUCUCCGAGAGGAGGCGGCUGCAGAGGGAAGCGGACUUCUUCAGGCUGCCCGAGCUGUCCCGGAGCCUGGCAGCCGUCAGCAAAGACACCUCGGAGGAGGACAGCGGGGAGCCGGAGGAGGCCGACCUGAGUCCGGCCACCACCACCGCCUCCUCCUCGGAGCGGGCCCCGCGCUCCCCGGGGGCCGCCUCCGGCUUCAUCACCAUCGGCUACAGAGGCAGCUACACCAUCGGUAGAGACAUCCAGGCGGACGCCAAGUUCCGCAGAGUGGCCAGAAUCACCGUCUGCAGCAAGAUCUCUCUGGCUAAGGAGGUUUUCGGAGAAACCCUGAACGAGAGCCGGGACCCCGAUCGGACCCCUGACAAGUACACGUCCCGGUACUACCUGAAGUAUAACUUCUUGGAACAGGCGUUCGACCGGCUGGCCGAGGCUGGCUUCCACAUGGUGGCCUGCAGCUCCACCGGCACCUGCGCCUACAACAGCAACGACCCGGGAGAGGACAAGAUGUGGACCAGCUACACCGAGUACGUCUUCUGCAGAUGACUGUGCGCGUCUCCACCGUCUGACCUCCAACUUUGGAACACUUCUGAUGCGAACAGAGCAACAAUUAAACGCUUUGUUCAUCACAUUCAAAAAGUACCAAGAAAUAAAAUCCUGAUUAUGUCUGGUCUGUUUUUUUUCUCCAAAAAAAUACUUCAAAUAAUAAAUAUUAAAACAGACAUUCAAUUUUUGCUCUUUUGCAACAAGACUGUUCCAACUGGAAAAUGUGUUCAUAACCUUGACGAAUGUAGAUCAUGCUUUAUGUGAUUUGAAAUUGUUCUGCACCAACAGCAUUUAAAGGGGGGGACAUAUGUAAUUUUUAUUUCAUUUUUAAGAAACUUUAUUACAACAGCAAAAUGUGUUCAACUUUGCAAAAAGAUGACUAAAGUAGAUACAAUGUUGUUUUAGGUGAUAUAUUUUUUUUAAAUUGGUCUACACCAAGAAGACUGGUUUAAAGUACUCAUUUAUAAAGGGAUCACAUUAUUCACAUUAUUGAGCAAAUCUAGAUCACUUGAUGUAGUAAAAUAUGUUUUUUAUUUUUGUAUUGUGUUGCAGAAUUCACAAAAAUUGGAUAAUUAAAAAUGUUUGUGUGCAGGUUUGUA